GCGACAGCUGUCUCCUGAAUCCCAUCGACGAAACCGAAACAACCAGCAGGCGAAGAUCCCACCAUCGAUCAUGGAAAGUCAGCAGCUCCAAACGGCACGCAAGGUGAAGAAAGUUGAAGACGACGAUGCUUUUGCCAAGUUCUACAGCAACCUCACUACAGGCACCAUGUCGAAGCUCUCCUCCGUUCUCGCUUACGCCGGUUUGCCUCUCACUGCCGAAGACGCUGUUAAUGAACAGUACAAGCAGAAAGCCAAAAAGGACACCGUCAGCGCCAGCAACGAGCCGGACGUGAAGAAGAUCUUCUCAAAAGCUGCACUAAGUGCAAUCGAGGACGAACAUCGUCAACGCGGUUCUCAAGGACGAGUCUUUGGUCCCGCGGAAAGCUUCUACGUGGUGCCGACCGGCGGAGGCACAUACUCAUAUGCCAACAUUGCGAAGCCAGUGCAACAGCACCACACCGCUAUUGACGAGGACGACGAGGAGGCCUUUGUCGAUGCGCGUGAAGCUCAAGCGUCCUCGCCGAAGAGCAGUCGCUUCUCAUCUCGAAGUAUCUCGGGUAAAGGCAAGACAGCAGAAGAAAUCGAGCUUGAGAAUAAGACUCUAAAAAGCACGCUCAUGGAGUUGACGCAACGGCUCAGCGGCUUCGAGAUGCACUCCCAAGACGCAUCAAUGGCAGCGUUGACGCAAAGUAUGGCGAGUCUCAACAACUACGGUGGUCUGGGUACGACGGCAGGCGGCGCAAAUGAUGCAGGACUUUCGGAAAGAGUGCAGCAUUUGGAGAGACAGUUGGAAGCGAAGACGGAAGAACAACAAAGGUUGCUGAAUACGAACGCAAAGCAGGAGAAGAUGCUGAAGAAGUACUCCGCAAGAUGGGAAGAGAUCAAGAAGAGCGCUCAGGAGAAAGAGAAAGCCAAGAGGGUGAAGAUGGAGGGCGAGAAAGGCGGAAGCGGGGAGGCUGAAUAACAGAGGACUUGACGAUCAUGAUUAUUUGACGACUUGAUGAUUACGAUUACAAUUACGAUCAUGUUC